AUGGAGAGCAGCGAGGAAGAGACCCAGACGCCGGAAAAGGAGGAGGAAGAGCUGAGUUCCUUCCAGCGCAGUGAUGAGCUCCAAGACCUGGAGGAGCAGCUUUCGCAGAUCCAAGUCCAUAUUCCUGAAGUUGUAUAUGAAUUCAGCUGGAAUUCCAUUGACACCUCCAACUUGCCAGAAUCCUACAGAACGAAUUCCCCGAAGGAGACGCUGCUGCUGCAGGUGGCCGAUAACUUUCACCGACAGUAUUCACACCUUUGUCCAGACCGCGAGCCUCUCUUCCUUCACCCUAUCAAUGAGGGUGGCGUGGAAAAAUUCGUGAGCACCACGGUGCGCCCCACUCUGCUGCCUUACUCCGAGCUGUACAACUGGGACGGCUGUGCCCGCUUUGUCGCAGACUAUCUCACCAUGGAGCCCCUCCCGUCUCCUAUCGCCCCGCCGAGUUACCUCUACUCCCCUACCACCAUCCUGCGGUACCAGCGGGGGAACUGCUUCGACUUCAGCAUCCUCUUGUGCUCCCUGCUGAUCGGCGCGGGUUAUGACGCCUACUGCGUGAACGGCUAUGCCACACGGGAGAUCUGCAUGAUGGAUGAAUCCAGGGAGGUGUGCCCACUCCUCCAAAAGCCCGAAGAGGUCCCCGUAGAAGCUGCGAAAGCAAAGCCGAAGAAGUACGCCAUCAAGCCCUUGCGGGACCUGCGGAGUAAGUUUGAGAUGCGCCAGGAAGCAAAGCAGGAGGCGAUAGUGCAGGCCACAGAGGAGAAGAAGCGGAAGGAGGAGGAAGCAAAGAUCACGGAAGCUGAAAAGCCCCAGCCAGACGCCCUGUAUGGCCUCCGCGUCCACGCCUGGGUUCUGGUCCUUUCGGGCAAGCGCGAAGUGCCCGAGAGUUUCUUCAUUGACCCUUUCACAGGAAAAAGCUAUAGUGCCACGGACGAUCACUUCCUUGGCAUUGAAAGUGUCUGGAACCAUCAAAAUUAUUGGAUCAACAUGCAGGAUUGUUGGAACGCUUGCAAGGACCUCCAGUUUGACCUCGGGGACCCCGUGCGCUGGGAAUUUAUGCUGCUAGGCACAGACAAGCCGCUCCUGUCCCUGCCUGAGAUGGAGGAGGAGGAGGAGAUAGUGGAUGAAGAGGUGGAUGAUCUGCUUAAAGAAGAGGAGCCAAAGGGCUUUGACAUGCCUGCCUCUUGGGUCGAGCAGAUCCAGAUAUCGCCAAAAGAAUUUGAGGCUCGUUGUCCCCAGGGCAAGAAGGUGAUUCAGUACAAGAAUGCCAAGCUGGAGAAGUGGGCGCCGUAUCUGAACAGCAAUGGGUUGGUCAGCCGGCUGACUAUCUAUGAGGAUCCAGACUGUACCAAAGUGUUGGAGGUGAAGGAGUGGUUCAAGAAUCGAGAAGACAUGAUGGAGAUGAGAGAACUGAAUAAGCAAACCAAUGUGACUACUGAGUUCUUCCUUCCUGGACAUGUCCAGGGACUCAAAGCACACAUGUACAAGACGAUGGAGCCCGAGACGGAGCGCACCAUGGAAUUCUAUGGUGAGACGCGCGUGGACGGCCUUCAGAAACGCGUGGAGACUUCCAAAGACAUGGCGGAAUAUUUCGCAGGCCGCUCAGAUUUCUUGAACUACCGGCACACUGAGUUUGGCAAAAGAAUCAAGAAGCCUGGCAACGCCGUGGCCGUCACUGAAACCAACGCUAGGCCUAUUUUGAAAAUUACCGAACGGUUUCACCGGAACCCAAGCAAGCCAGCAGAUGAGGAUGUGGCAGAACGCAUCUUUCUGGUGGUGGAGGAGAAGAUUCUCUUGACCUAUCACUGCAAAGAGAACUACAUCACCCCGUCCCGGAGGGAGUUCAACAAACGAGCAGAUGUGGACAGCAAAGGGAAUAAGAUCAUUAUGACCCACGACAUGUGCAUCAGCUACCAGGUCGGAUGCACUGAGAAAGAAAAGAAGUUGUUCCAUCUCUAUGAAAUGAUGCAUCGCCUAAUCGAAGAGGAGAAAUGCUCACGACACCAAGUGUGGGAGUCAGAAAUGGAGGUCCUGGAGAUCCUGCGGAUUCGAGAGGAGGAGGAGGCAGCCAGCAAGCUGAUGGUCUGCAUUUACGACACGGAGAGGAAUGAAAAGAGCAAGGAACAGCGCGAGGCGAUGGAGCGCCUGCAGCAAGAAGAGCGGCAGCGGCAAGUGGAGCAGGACCUGGACUACCUGGCCCCGUUCCUGAUCCAGAUGGGUGGAGUGGAGAAGAUGUCCAAGUGGCUGGCCUUGCGCCUCAAGGAGGACUGCCUGAGCGACUUCAAGCACCGCCUGGUGGACAAGGCCAACCUCAUCCAGGCGCGCUUUGAGAAGGAAACCCAAGAGCUGCAGAAGAAGCAGCAAUGGUACCAGCAGAACCAGCUCAACAUGACCUUGGAGGAUGAGGACGCCUACUUGAACUACUGCUCUGACGCGAUGUUCCGAAUCCACAUCUUGGAGCUCCGCCUUAGCAGGCACAAGGAAAAAGCGCCGCUGAAGUACUUGGCACUGGAGGAGAAACUCUGCAAGGAUCCCCGCUUGGCUGAAUUCCUCAGAUGCUACUUUUGA